GAUCCGUAGAGUUACAGAAGACUCCGUGCCAAGGCAUAUACUAAAAUGAUACACAGUAUGUACCAUGGAAUCUGGGCUUUUGGCGCCCUAAAUGUUAUAACAGUGACCCUGUAAGUGUUCAUGUGUCUAGUAAAUUAACAUGGAUCUUGGUGAAUAUUCACAUAAGAACGUCGAUCAUAACAAAGCAAAAAGUAUAUAUGAACAUGGAGUAAACGUAUAUUACAUUGUUAAAAGCUUCUCGGAUCAAAAUGUACGAGCUGCGCUGAUACACAACGUAUGGGCGACAACACCAAAAAACGAAGUCAUCUUGGACAAAGCAUACCAAAAGGGAGGCAACGUUAUAUUGGUCUUCUCUAUCAACGGCAGCUCAAGGUUUAUCGGUUAUGCCCUAAUGCAAUCUAGGCCUGGGCAUGCAUCAUUCAACGAAAGUGUUUUCUUCAUGGCCAAUGGAAAUAAAUUCAACGGCAAGCAUUUCGAUAUAUUGUGGAUAAGGGUCAUAGAUCUGCCAUUUACAGCAUGCGCUAAGCUCAAGAACUCACUAAACGAGUACAAACCAGUGAAACUAGCAAGAGAUGGACAGGAAAUAGAUAAAACUACUGGAAAAGCAUUAUGUAUCAUUUUUGAAGAACACUACACCAAGUGCAGUGAUAUAACAUUAAGAGACGAAACAAGUAAAACUACUGGAUUCACAAUACCAACAGGUGUUCCAAACACUGUAGGGCCUGGAUCACCAUUAAUCCCUGGAAUAAUAAAUCCACAACUGUUUCUGGGCAUAUCUCAAAUCGGAUCUAUACCAACACAUAUAUACCAAGGUAUGCCCACUUCAAUGUUACAGUCACCAAGGACAGCAACUAGCAAGCCAGGGAAGGAUACUCAAUACCACUUUCAUAUCACCAAGGAACAAGCACUCAUCGCAGCGGAAUUUAACCCAGCCAUAUCUAUAUUCCCAAUAGAUCUGACUAACAUGUCAUAUGACCAGUAUAUAUCACUGUAUAAGGUAUCACUGCAUCACUGGGAAAACCAGCAGGUACAACAGAUAAAAGAGGAGAAUGAUGGGUAGUGUAUAUAGGUUCUCCACUUUAGUGGGACUCACACGACUUAAAGUGCUGUCCAGGGGUUCAUUGGGGCACUAUAUGAACCCAUUCACCAAUUACAACCAUAGUUACUUGUCAUCGGGUGUAUAUAAUAAUGAAUUUGCAAUUGAAAAAAACAGAGCAAUAAUGCGUAUAAAGAAUACGGGAAUGAAGGAACUAGAUAUUAUACUAACUGAUUAUAUAAACAAAGUAAAGGACGUAUUGGAUCCAAAACUAGUCAAUGAACUCCACGCAAUACUAGAUCUCGAUACACCCACACUUUACCAAACUUUUGUAAUACAACAACAACUCCCCAAGGAAUUGAUACAGAAUGACACAGCAAAACAAAUACUUGCCCAUGCCAAAAGUAGGUG